AAAAAGGGGGCGUCAGUAACAUGACAGCCUGAGAAUAAUAUUGUCGCAGUAUUAUAUGCACCAUUUCACUGCUUCGCGAAAGAUUGGUCUUCCUUUUCUAACAUAAUGACAUACUUUGAAUAAGACAACCUUUGCAAUGGCGUGCCCUUUUCACCAGUCAGCUGAGCUGAACCCUGCGCUGCUGGCAUUGGACUGGCUUCUCGGGGUCUGGGAGUCCGAUGAGCCAGGAGAGGGCUCAUUCUCCUCCAUACCACCUUUCCGCUACAACGAGAGACUGCACUUCUCCCAUGUGGGCCAACCAGUCAUCAACUUCAUGUUUAAUGCGUUCCAUGCUGAGAAUAAGAAACCUAUGCACAGGGAGUGUGGCUUCAUCAGAAUACAACCAGGCGGCAACAGAGUAGCCUUCAUUAUAGCACAGAACUCAGGCCUGGUGGAGAUUGAGGAAGGAGACCUGACUGGACAGCAGUUAACUCUACACACCCAUGCCCUGGCCAGAACCUCCUUCGCUAAAGAACCCCAUGUACAGCAGAUUUCCAGAGUGUUCCAGCUGAGACCGGAUGGGAAGCUUGAGCAGACUGUCUCCAUGGCGAUGGAGGGUGGGCCACUUAUGCAGCAUUUGCACAUCACCUACCGCCACUCCUCUUGACCACCAGGAGGUGACGGGGAGUAAUAACAAGCACUAGACUUUGUUCAUUUGAUUUUCCUGCCCCUUAAUUAAUGCUGAUCUAGGUUAGUGUUUUCUCCCAUUGGGGUUUGGGGAGGAUAAACCAAUUCUAGAUGUGGUCAUUGUGCCAAAAGACAACUGCAACAAGUGAUGUUUAAGUGUGUUCAACCCUUAAUUUAAUGCUACCAUAAUCAAGUUGUCCUUCUCAGAGGCUGUAUUGAACCCAAUGGAUAAGUUGAAUAAAAACAAAUGUAACAAUCUAA